CUAUGCCAGCAAUUAUGACAAUGUUAGCAGACCAUGCAGCUCGUCAGCUGCUGGAUUUUAACCAGAAACUGGAUAUCAAUCUCUUGGACAAUGUGGUGAAGUGCUUGUACCAUGGAGAAGGCGCACAGCAAAGAAUGGCACAGGAAGUCUUGACUCACUUAAAAGAGCAUCCUGAUGCGUGGACAAGAGUUGAUACUAUUUUGGAGUUUUCUCAGAACAUGAAUACCAAAUAUUAUGGACUGCAAAUCUUGGAAAAUGUGAUAAAAACAAGAUGGAAGAUUCUUCCAAGGAACCAGUGCGAAG